CAAUAAUUCAAAUUCAAAAAUGGGCGUCGAUUAUUACGGAGUCCUACAAAUAAGCCGCACAAGCACCGAUUUGGAAAUCAAAAAGGCUUAUAGGACUUUAGCUUUGGAAUUCAAUGCGGAAAGAUCGAAAGAACCGAAUUCAUUUCAGGUGUUCUCUCUGGUAGGUGAAGCAUAUGAAGUACUUAGCGAUCCUUUGCGCAGGGCGGUUUUCGAUCAGUACGGCGAAGAGGGGCUGAAACGUGGAGUGCCCGGACCUGCGGGGUAUAUUCCUGGGUACCACUAUCACGGAGACGCUAUGCAAACUUAUAAAGACUUCUUCGGAACUCGUUCGCCCUACGCUGAUCUUUUAGACGUUCUAAAAGAUCCUCCGAAGCUGUGCAAAGCACUGAGCGGCAUUAAAAUUUGCACCAAACAAUCCCCAAUAAGACACCCUUUACACUUGACGUUGCACGAAGUUUUUUUCGGUGGAGUAAAAAAAAUGAAAAUCCACCGAUUGGUGUUUGUAGACGAGGAGAAAAACGUAACCGAAGUGCGAGAGAAAAUUUUAACCAUUCCAAUUAAACCUGGAAUUAGAGCGGGAACGGAAAUAGUUUUUGCUAAUGAGGGAGAUCAGGAUGCUGCGCAUAUACCUGCUGAUGUAAUUUUUGUCACCGAAGACAGACCUCAUGAUACAUUCAUUAGAAAUAACGACAACCUUAUUUGUACCUCCACAAUAAGUUUAGAAGAGGCCUUAAUUGGAACCAUCAUUACUAUACAUACAAUCGAUCAUAGAACCAUUCGAGUACCAAUAACUGAUGUAAUUUGUCCUGCUUAUGAAAAAAUAAUCGAAAACGAAGGUCUACCGAUUCUAGAAAACUAUCGGGAAAAAGGUGAUCUUAUUUUAAAAUUUAAUAUAGUUUUUCCAAAUUAUUUACCAAGAGCAAGCAAAAACAUCUUGCAAACUGCCUUUAAAGUUUCAAAAUUUGGAGGAGAAGAAGGCAGAAGUUUGCACGAGUCUAUCAACAAAAUAAUUUUGGCUGACAAGAUUCUUAGAGUUGAUCCUGUUGAGCAAUUGCCGCCAAUAUAAACACUUGUUUUUAUUAAAUAAAAUGUAUUCAUUAAUUAAGUGAUUACUUGCUAUCUUUUUCUUUCUCCUUUUUGAGUUUUACGUUUCUCCUUCUUGUCUUCUCUAAGUUGUUUUUGUUUCUCUCUAUCCUCCUUGUCUUUUUCUUUUUUCUUCUGACUGUCCAACCGAUUUUGUUCGCGUUUUUGUUUUUCGGCUUCGGCUACGAGUUGUACGUUUAUGUUUUUUUCUAGAUUAUUGUCUUUAGGCUCAGCAGGAGCUACGGCUCCGUUUUCGUCCUCCUCUUCUGAGUCAGUCAUCUGACUGUACUGAGAUAAAAUAGCUUCUCUGAUUUUUUUCUCUUCGUCGGUGUAUUGUUUUUGUUUGGUGGUGGCCAACGAUUGAGAUUCCAGAAGUUUGGCGAGUUUUUCGUUAAUUUCUUCGGUGGUGGCUCGCUGAGGUGGCUCGUCUUUGGGUUUCAGACUUUGCCAUUUGGUUAAUAUUUCGGUGGAGAUUUUCGAUAUGUCGCC